GCGAAGGUGAGCAAGGCGCCGCCGAUGCCUUACCCCGACCGGCCCAUCGCGUUCCUCGCCGAGCAGCCGAAGAAGCCACCGGUCAAGCGGGCGCCGGUGCAGCCCCAGCAGUCGCCACCGCCCGCCAAGGCGGCCAUUGCGGCGGCUCCGGCACCUUCGUCGGCCGCGUCGUCUUCGUCUGAGCCAGUGGUCGCCAAGGCCACGGCCGAGCCCUCGCCGACGCCGGCGCCAGAAGACACGGAGUACUUGCGCCGCCAGGCGUUUAUUCGCCAGGAGCAGACGGCCCGCAGCCUGGCCGGGAUGCGGCUGCUACACGACGGGGCCACCUACGCCCAGGCCCUCCAGAGCCGGAUCGAGAGGGAGAUGGAGGAGCAGCGCCGGGCCGAUGACGCGGCGGCCUUGGCGAAGGCCAAGCCAAAGGGGCCGCCCGCCCACCUGGUGGGCACCGAGACCAGGCCACCCUCUGGCGGCUUGGCGGCUGGUCACCACCCCGGCGCCUGGUUCCGGGACUUUGCCGGCAUCGUCGCCUACGCGCCCGAGUUCCCGGCCAGCGUCGUCUUCGGCAUCCGCUCUGCCGGCGGCCUCUUCGACUUCUACCCCGG